AUGACCCAGGAGACUGCCACCAUCUCUUUUACUUCUAUUUCUAGUAUCGAUGAAAUAAAAAAGUAUCGUUCUUUUUGGUGGAAAACUGGUAAUAUGCACCCGAAGGCCAAAUGGGAGGAAGCAACGAUUAUGUCAAUCAAGAAUAUUGCAUUUGUG